CUUCUUUGCCUUUUUCGUCAUCCCCGCCAUUUCCGCCCUCUCCCUUCCCUCUCUCACACAUCAACAUCGACACCUUCAUUUCCGAUCUCUUUUCCUCGAGACAAGGCGCGCACGUUAUUCCCUCGUUGGGACCGCCUCAAGAAAAAAAAAACAAGAUUUGAUCACCUGCUUGUUCGUUUGUUAUAUCUACCUCUCUACUCUUGCCUAGUCAGCCCGCCCAUCUUAUAUCGAAUGUCCCCGUCCGAGACGAUACAAUAGAACGAUAUCCAUAUCAAUCAAUAACUCAUAAUGCCGACGAUAUUAUUACCCGCUUCUGCUGCCGCCUUUGCCCCGCGAUCAACGUGCAAUGUGGUGCUCAACACCAAGGUCGAACCUUGGUUGACGGCUACCCUCAAGAGGAUCAACAAGAUCAAGCGACCCCUGAACAGUGUACCGCAGCACACACGAUGUCUUACCGAGACCCUCUCAUCAGCUAAUGCUAUCUGGUCAUUGUGCUCCAUCAUGGUGUCCAAAGCGCCCGAGUCGGAACUACGGACAGACUCAAAUCCCUUGGUGGAAGCCCUGUUCAACUACCAGCUAAUUCACAUCGAGGCCUAUGUCGUACACGUCGACAUGGUUUCGCAGAAUGAGGUCGCCUUCAAGCUCACCCAAGACACGAUUGAUUCGCUGGUCGAGUAUCAUAAAGAAGUCUUCUCCGUCGACACCGCCGCCAAGACCUGGUCAUGGUCCGAAAAGGAACAACAGCUGAAGAAACUGCAAGAGGAGUUCGUCCAAGCCGCCAACAAGUUUGUCUACCGGACGAAUGUCCACGCCUUGGAAGGCAUGGAGGAAGAUGGUGCCGGUGAGCUCCUGUGUGGCCGGAGCGAUGAAGUUCGCGCCGCCAUUAUGGGCCUGUACGUGCCACUACUACCUCCUCCUCCGAGAAUAGUCGAUGUUGUGCGUCCCACUCCUCUGCUACCAAGCUCGACGGGCACGGAACAGUGGUGGCCUUCGCAACACCUGCACUCCAUCCAACCUGCCCCGGUUGAGGCCUGGAAGAUUGUUCCAUCGAGCCCCAGUCCAGUCUCAUCCUGUGAUUCCAAUCACAACAUCUGGACGAACGUGGGCGUGCACGAAAUCCAGCUGCCAUCACCAACGCCUUCCUUCAGCCAACCAUACUCUUCAGCUGCCUACAGCGCGCCGCAAUACUAUAGCUCACCGGCUUAUAGCGCUGCCACCAGCGCAUCAUCGUUCGCUCCUCUACCUCUACCGAGCAUGCUGGCCCAGCAGCCGUGCAGCACGUCUGCAACCUUGAGCACGUUUGGUUGGGAUCGGUAUCAGGAAUAUACGAUGCCGUAUGCUACCGCGAUGUGACGAUGAAGGGUCGUUGUUGAUAUUGUUACCAUCUGCACAGUAUGAUACCAGGCAACAGCGUUCUUGAUAAUGCGGUCGAUCGACAGAAGACGGCACAAAAGCAAGCGGGAAUUAUAGUCUUCAGCAUUUUCCAGCGGAGUUAUUUGAUCUGAUUUUAGCGACACAAGGAUACCACUCUGCAUCUGACACGGGACUAUCGGUAUAAUAGGGGCGAUUUGGGUCUGACUUUUCAGCAAGCGUUGUGAUUUCGAUAUCGUUUCUUUUAUGAGUCAGAGUGGGACUUCGGGCAUACAACAGCGCAGGCCGGCUGGUUGUCAUAUAACAUGAUAUCCCUGGGUUGGAUACAGUCCCGCAUUUUUCGCAAGAUCGGAAAGCCUCACGGCUGGCAUGGGAGGUUCGGGAUAUAUGCAUGGAUUUCUUUUCUGGCUGGUGUGAGACUCACUUUUCAUUUUCAUCAGGCUAGUCCUUUUGACGUGGAGGUGUUUGGAUCCAAGGUUGUGGUCACUGGAUGUUGAACAACUGGAGACCUGACCGCCGGCAUGGUGGUUGACUGUUGGCAUCUGGCAUGCGACAGUUGCUGCCUUACUGCACGACAUCUCUUUGGAUGGCUUUAAGCGACGAGUCGUGGCUGCGCGUUACUGGUACGGCUUUGACGCUUUGACAGUGGUAACAGCCAUUGAAGUCUGUGACUUGAUGGACGACCACGGCGCGUCUCUUGAGACUUUCAGCUGGGAUGGAGUGUGGUUUAUAGGAUCAUCUCCUAUACCUUCGACCUGGUGUCGAGGGAGCCUUCUAAUCCACUGCGUGGAGGAGGAAUCGGAUGCUGGACAUCAAGAGGCCGUUAUGUCCUCGAUACAUAAAGAUAAUCUCCAAACAAAUGUGAACAUCUUCUCUACCUUUCAACAAG